GUAGAACAAAAUAACAUUCCACACAGGUUUAAUCGUAAUACCAAGAUGGCAGGUAAAAAAUGGUUUUAUUCUUUCAUGAAGAGACAUCCAACGCUAUCAGUACGUCUGCCUGAAAACACUUCUAUGGCACAAGGAUUCAACAAAGAAGCCGUAUAUUAUUUUUUUGAUGUUCUACAAGAGAUAAUCAGAAUCAAUAGAUUAGAUACUACUAGGAUAUUUAAUGUUGAUAAAAGCGGAUUUUCUACUGUACAAAAAAAAUGUUCAAAGAUAAUUGGACAAAAAGGAAAAAAAAGAAUCGGUCGAGUUGUAAGUGGAGAAAGAGGAACAAAUACAACAAUUGUUUGUUGUGCCAGUGCCUCAGGAAUAUUUGUUCCGCCAACGUUUAUAUUCAAAAGAAAGCGUAUAGCAUCUCACUUAGGUAAUGGAGCACCAGCAGGCAGCAUAAUUGAAAUUGCAGACCACGGAUUUAUUACUAGUGAAUUAUUUAUAAAACGGCUACAACAUUUUAUUGAUUUUGUAAAACCAACUGCAGAUAAAAAAGUUCUUUUGCUACUUGAUGGUCACACCACACAUUCAAAGAACUUAGAUGCUUUGAAAUUGGCACGUGCUAACGGAGUAAUUCAGUUACAACUUCCAGGACAUACAACUCAUAGGUUGCAACCUCUGGAU